CUGUGAUAAUAAGUGCAAUUAGCAUUUGUUUAAUAAAUUAAAAUCAUAAAUUUAACCUGAUUCAGAUGGAGAUAUAUUUUAUUAUAUAUCGAAAAUACAACUUUGCCCCGUACGCAGUUUUGAGACACGUGAAGUUGGCAGCGAACGCAAAUUGCAGAAAAUAAGAGGAAGAAUAAGCGUGGCGUCUAUGUGGGCGCAAGCAUUUGAAGCUAACGAGCCAAGAUUCCGUUGAAUGUAUAGUAAAUUUCGACAGGUUUAAUAAUAGUGCGGCUGUAAUAAAAUAAUAAAAUCUAUCAAAAUGAAAGCAAUGGCCCGUGUUCCACAGCGCGUACCCAAGACACCACGCCAAAUGCAGGGACAAAUGCAGUCAGAGAAGCGGCGGGACGUGUCCAACAAACAACAGGACCCGGUGACUGUGUUCUGCCGUGUGCGCCCACUGCAAUCGGAGGGUGAUUUGACCUGCCUUCGUGUUAAGAAUGCGACCACAAUUGCGCUCACUCCGCAGGAUCAACUGCUGCAGCAUCAUCAGAAGCAACAAAAUGGCGCUCAACGCGAGUUGCAAUACAUCUUUAACCAUGUCUUUCAGCCAGAUGCCAAUCAGCAAGAAGUGUUCACGGCUGUCGCCCAGCCGCUUGUCGAGAAUCUGGUGCGUGGUCGGAAUAGUUUGCUCUUUACCUACGGUGUCACUGGCAGCGGAAAAACCUACACAAUGACGGGAAAUUCGCGACAUCGUGGAGUAAUGCCUCGUUGUCUAGAUUUGUUGUUCCGCACAAUAUCUGACCAUCAGGCAAAGAAGUUUGUCUUCAAGCCGGAUCGCUUGAAUGGCUUUGAGAUACUUUCGGAAGAGGAUGCUCUGCUCGAGCGACAACAGGAGAUGAAUCAAAGAUUUGCAGGUGCCGGUCGUUUUGCCUUUCGACGCAAGGAUUCAGAUUCAGAAAUCGCAUCACAAGCCUCAGUGGAGCCAACGCCGUUGACCGUGCUCGACGAGGAUAACAUGUACUCGGUGUUCAUUACCUAUGUGGAGAUGUACAACAAUAGUGUCUACGAUCUGCUCGAGGAUUCCGCCGUGCAGAAAUCCUUGCAGUGUAAAAUCAUACGUGAGGAUGCUCAUCAUCAGAUGUUCGUGCAUGGCGUUACCGAAGUGGAGGUCAAGACAGUGGAGGAUGCUCUCGAGGUCUUUCAAAUGGGUCAAAAGCGCAAGCGCAUGGGCAACACAAUUCUUAAUGCAGAGUCGAGUCGCAGUCAUUCAGUAUUCAAUAUUCGACUUGUCCAAGCGCCCACCGAUUGCCAAGGCGAACGCGUGAUCCAGGACAAGCACACGAUCACAGUCAGCCAGCUGUCACUGGUCGAUUUAGCGGGCAGUGAACGCUCAUCCCGUACGAAGAACACGGGCGUACGUCUUCGCGAAGCUGGCAACAUUAACAAUUCGCUGAUGACACUUCGAACUUGCCUCGAAUAUCUGCGCGAAAAUCAACAGCUGGCUCCAAAUGUGCCCGCAAAGAAGAUACCAUAUCGUGACUCGAAGAUCACGCACAUGUUCAAGAACUACUUUGACGGCGAGGGCCAGGUGUCCAUGAUUGUCUGCAUCAAUCCACGCAUUGAGGACUACGAUGAGAAUAUGCAAGUCAUGAAGUUUGCUGAAAUGACGCAAGAGGUGCAAAUAGCGCGUGCCACUCCAAUGAAACCAGAUCUCGGUCUUACGCCCGGUCGCCGCAAGGCUAACAAACUAUUUAAGAUUGCAGUUAACAAUCUGAAUGAACUGGGCAUACCUGAGGCCAAGCACUUAGAGAUGGACGUGGGUCUGGUUUAUAGCUUGGGUGCCGACUUUCCGCACUAUCAAAUGGACAGUCCGGAGGCCGCAUGCAAGAUACAGGAACUAAUGGAGUACCUGGAACAGCGCAUUGAUAAGCGACGCAAAUUGCGCGCUAAUAUGGACAUUAAAUGUGACAAUUUUCGUCAGCUGCUCAUGAAUCUGGAUCGGGACAAUUUGCAGCUGCGCACAGAGUUGGCCUCUAUGAAGGCUGUCUACAAACAGGAACGCGAACGAAGUGCCGCUUUGGAGAACAAGGUGCGCAUACAUGAGAGCUCUAUUGAUGUGCUAAACAACACGCUAAGCAAACGGGAGCGCCAGAUCCAGGAGCUCAGCCAAAAGCUAAGCGAACAGGAGCAUCUGGUUACGCAAAAGGAGCAGGAGAAGGAGAAGCAAAAGAAGAAGUACAAUUCAAAGCUGGCAGUUGAAUCGGAUAAGAAUAAACGUGAAUUCGAUAUGAAACUGCGCGAACAACGCGCCAAAAUGCAGGAGCGUAUGCGCAUCAAGGACGAGAAAUUGCGUUUGGUUUCCAAUAUUUUGCAAUCCGAGGAUGUGCCCAGUUUGCCGCGUUCCCAGAGCUCAGAGAAUCUGCUGAAUGACAAGGAUCGCGGAGGCUUUACCACGCGCACAGAGUCCACAGCACCACCAACGACACGCACAGACAUCUAUUCAACGCCGAGACAUGGCUUGGCAGCUGCCAAUAAUAGGCAUCGCAGAUCCCGCUCUGCCGGCGACAAAUGGCUGGAGCAUCGUGCCGCAAAUCCCGUGCCACUUGGCACCAUUAUGCAGCCAUAUCUGAAGAAUCGCAAAUCGGUUACGAAACUAACAGACAUGAAGGAGUUAACAGGUCAUGGAGCUAACAAAUAUUGUCUCGUCGCCCAGGAGGCGGACACCGAUGGCGAUGUGGAGACGAAACUCUACAAAGGCAAUGUAAUACCCACUUGCGGUGGUGGUGCUCAAGUGGUAUUCGAUGAUGUUGAGUGCCUAAAGCAAAAGUCACCCGUCCAUUCGCCCACUCGUAAACGGCCAAGCAAUGGCAAUUUGUCGGCCUCAGCGUUUGGUGGCCAUUUACCGACGAGCACCACGGGCCUGACAUCCGUACAGGAUGUUGCUUCGCGUUGCAACUUGGGCAUCGAGGGGCACAGCAGCAAGAAGUCCAAGAUGUAAACGAUAUACCCUAACAUACACGUAUUUUUAAAACAUUAUAUCAAAUGUUUUGCUUUCCAGUCAGUUAUGUAUUAUAACUAAGUCUCCAUUUAUAAGUUGAAUCAUCAAUGAAGUGAUUUGUUUUAAGUACACGAACACAAUUAAAGAAGUCAGUUAUAGAAUUAAGAA